CUUAAGGGUCGAAGAAGCACCGAAAAACUAACACCCUUUAAACUUUUACUCAAAAACUGAUAAAAUCUCAAACCUCCAUCGGCUUCUUCUCCUUUCUAAAUUUCAAAUCUCUCUCUCAAGAGAUCUCUCCGAUGAAAAUGUUUCCGAUCUGUGGAUUAAUGAUCUCUGUUACAUUACUGCUACUAAUUCCGACUUUCUCUUCGCCGGACUGUAAUUUUCCGGCAGUAUUCAACUUCGGUGAUUCAAAUUCGGAUACUGGUGGUUUAUCGGCGAUGUUCGGACAAGCUCCUCCGCCUAACGGCGAAACUUUCUUCCAUUCUCCUUCCGGCCGCUACUGCGAUGGCCGUCUACUAAUCGAUUUCAUAGCUGAAGGUUUAGGAAUACCUUAUCUUAGUCCAUUUUUGGAUUCAAUGGGUACAAAUUUCAGCCAUGGAGCCAAUUAUGCGACAGCUGGAUCCACAAUCCGACGUCAAAACACUACAAUUUUUCAAAGUGGGUAUAGCCCAAUUUCUUUAGACAUUCAGUAUGCAGAAUUCUUUGAUUUCUUGAACAGAUCCCAAAUAAUCCGACAAAAAGGAGAUGUCUUUAAGGACUUGUUUCCUGAAAUGGACAAGUUUUCAAGCGCAUUGUACACAUUUGAUAUAGGCCAAAAUGAUCUCACUGCUGGGUAUCGACUUAAUAUGACUACUGAAGAAGUAAAAGCAUACGUUCCUGAUGUUAUAUCACAGUUUACAAAUGUUGUCAAGAAAGUGUACGAUCGAGGCGGGAGAUCAUUUUGGAUACACAACACGGGUCCCGUUGGUUGCUUGCCGUACAUAAUGGAUAGGUACUUGAUUGCGGCGGCGCAAGUGGAUAAAUACGGUUGUGCCGCCCCGUAUAAUGACGUGGCACAGUAUUUCAACGAGAAACUUAAAGCCGCAGUUCACCAACUUCGAAAGAAUCUUCCUUUGGCCGCCAUCACCUAUGUUGAUGUCUAUUCAGCCAAGUAUUCACUCGUUGUACAAGCAAAAAAACUUGGAUUUGGUGAUCCGUUUUUGGUGUGUUGUGGGCACGGAGGAAAGUACAACUUCAACAACGCAAGGAGGUGUGGGGCCACGAAAAUGAUAAAAGGCGAAGAAUUAUUGAUUGCAAAAUCGUGUGAAAAUCCUUCGUUGAGAAUCCUUUGGGAUGGGAUUCACUACACCGAGGCAGCUAAUAAAUGGAUGUACGAUCAAAUUGCUAAUGGGACAUUCUCUGAUCCACCUGUUCCCUUAAACAUGGCUUGUCAUGCUCAUAGAUAAGAGAAAACACAAACCCACUUGUAUUCUACUAAUAAUAACUACAAUUCUCAAAGACUCGAACCAUCAAAUUGAAUUCACAUGAACCAAUUAAAAAAUAGUUGGGUAAUUUGGUUUGGUUUUGGAAUAUGAAAUCUUUAAUUCAUGCAAAGGCUACAUUAAAGGUGGCGUGUUGUUAGUUGUGAUGUUUUUGUAACAAAUUUUUGGAAUGUUAAUAUGUGUC